AUGUCUUUUUUGAGAGAACGAGAGUCAAAGCACACCGCAAAGGAUGACCACACGCCGCUUCAUCAUCCUCAUCACGACCAGCAGCAUGCUGAUGAUGAGAAUCUUACAGCCAUCCAACAUGAAAUUUUCAAGCAAGUUCAAUGUAUGGAGGAGGAGUAUGGCAUUACCAUUUUGAUGGUUUCCGAUGUGGGAAGUAGAGCCUACAAUUGGGAACAGCCACUAGAGAGUGAUUUUGAUUUGAAUUUUAUUUAUACCAAAGAUUGGAAGUAUUACAUUACCAUUCAGAACAAACAACAAACGAUAAAGAAAGAGACUCACAUUGAAUUGGAUCGGAAUGUUUUAUUGAAACGAUCAACGAGUAGACAUUCGUUUUAUUGUUGCAUGAGUGAUAAUAAUAAUUAUGAGCAGGAUGAGAGCCACCAUUCAUCAACAUUGAACAGAAAAUGUUCAAAAAAGCUCAAAAUUGAAUGUAAUUUUCUUGGAUAUGAUGUAAAAUAUGCUGCGGAUUUGUUAUUCAAAUCAAAUAGAGCUAUUGUAUUUGCAUUGCUAUCGCCGUGUGUGUAUUACAUGCAUCCACGGGCUGUAGACAUGUUUUCAAAGUGGAUUUCCAUGUGUCAUGGUCAUGUGCAGAGAAGACAUCAUCUUCACGAGAUGAUUCAUAUUGCUCGAUAUAACAUUAAUCGAUAUGUAUUGGGAAGAAGAAGCGUUCGUGUGAAGGCCUAUCUCUAUAUUUUACAUCACUUAUUUUAUGCAUUGUACAUGUAUAAGAGAAGAAACGAUUUGCAGAUUUUCAAUAAUCAUUUACCUCCGUUGCAGUUCACAGAGCUAUUGGAUGAUUUGAAAGAGGACUACUUGUCACCUACAUUGGUUAAAAUUAUUGAAUUUUUGAUGAAAUUAAAGGUGAAUGGGGAGCAAUUUUCGAAUUUGGCCAUGUUAGCACAACCCAAAGUAGAUGUGAUGUCACAAAAGAACGAGGAGAUGACGGAUGGAAUGGGUACAUCAUCCAUUUCGCUUUCCUCAUCGAAUAUGAAUGAGAACAAGACAACAAGUGGACAAGUGAUGGAAAGUGGUGGAAGCGAUGAGGGUGAUAGUGGCGACCACAACAAGAGAAGCAUGAAGGACAAAAUUGAGGAAGAACAGACCCAACUUGAAUCCAAUCCACAACCCAAGAAGCGAACGAAGAAACAGAAAAAGAAGGAUGCUAAGGCUUUGGCAGAUGAAAAACUCAGCCUUAUGGAGGAUGAUAGCGUCAAAAAUGAUGUUUAUAUUGGUCACUCUUUGCAUGUUGAGCUUUUCGUUGUUUUUUGGUAUCGAAAGCUAGCCGACUGGAUUUGGAAUUUGCCAAAAGAUGUCAUGAAAGGAGAUGAGGUGGAUUCAUUGCUAUUGGAGGCUGUUCAGUUGUAUGAGGAGAAAGGUGAUCCUUCCAAAUACUGA